CCAACGGCGUGGCAGCUGCCGGGCCGCGGGUGAGACUGUUCAGGAAAGCGUAUCCCGUAACCUCGAUUGACUGGGGAUUCGAGGCACUUUUACCCUGUUAUUGAUUUCGUGUGUGACGGCUGUCUGCUUCCUGUAGGCGUUUUUCACGCAGAGGAGACACCGCCACCAUGGCUGGGGCCAUCAUCGAAAACCUCAGCGGGAAGAAACUGGGCAUCUUAAUAGGAAUUCUGAUGAUAUGUCAGUUCCUUUGCUUUCUUGUGGGAGGAUUGAUCGCUCCUGCUCCGUCAUCUGCUAUGUCUGUGCUGGGAACAAAGUGCAUUGACAAGAACUAUGAGAAUGAUAAGUGGUACUGGGUCCGUGGCAAGCAUAAAUGCAGGAGCAUUCGAGACAAUAAUGAACCUGUUAUUGAGGAGCAGCAAAUUACAGCAAACAACAUUAUCUUUACCUUUCAGGUCCUUUGGAAUAUUUCACGCUAUUUUUCGACUGCCCCUGGAUGACUGUUGUUAGUGAUAUUCGACAAGGCUUGUUUUAUGCUUCAUUACUCUCUUUCUGGCUUAUAUUUGCUGGGGAGCAUCUCAUGGAUGAUAUUGAGCGGAACAAACUGAAAGUGUACUGGCGACACUUGAGUGCUGUCUUGGGAGGUUGCAUGUGCUUGUUCAUCUUUGAUAUGUGUGAACGUGGUGUGCAGCUGCACAAUCCAUUUUACUCCAUCUGGGUAACUGAAACAGGAACAAAUUUAGCUCUGGCCUUUAUUAUCCUGGCAGGAAUAUGUGCUGGUCUAUAUUUCUGCUUCUUGUCAUACAUGAUCUGGAAGGUAUUCAUGAACAUCAGCAGCAAGAGACAGUCUCUUACUGCUAUGGCAUCUGCACGUCGUUUGCAUUAUGAAGGAAUCAUUUACAGAUUUAAGGUUCUCAUGUUGGCCACUCUGCUCUGUGCUGCCAUGACAGUUAUUGGAUUUAUACUAGGACAGGUUUCUGAAGGUCAGUGGACAGUGGAUGAGAAUAUCAAAUUAGAAUAUACAAGUGCAUUCUUCACUGGUGUUUAUGGGAUGUGGAACAUCUACACUUUUGCCCUCAUCUGCCUGUAUGCACCAUCACACAAGCGUUGGCCAAAGGAUCAGAAUUGGGCUGUGUCAGACUCCUGCGGUCUAGCCUCGAUUCACGGAGCACUUUUGGCACGAGAUACUCAAAGCAGCACUGGAGAAGAAAUUGAAUUCAGCAGGUUGGCAACAGAACCAUCCGAGAUGUCAUCUCUUACUGCCUUUGCAAAGAAGACAGCAACAGAGUAAAAUGAGUUUUCAGGGAGCAUGACAAACUUUAUAUUGAAGGCUUGGUAUAAUUAUAUUUCCUGUAAGAAUGACAUGAAAUAAUACAAAAAUUUUCUUUGACAUGUGUCAAGAGUCUUUGUGGCUAUCAAACUAAGAUGUUAAGGAUAUGGUACCUUGUUAAUUUGUCAUUUAUAUAGCCUUUAUACACAACUGGCAAAUUAAGUGAAUAAUGAGAAAGAAUCUCAAAAGUUUUGUAUGCAUAUUUUUCUCAAAAGGAUCCUUUUUACUUCACAAUGUCUGGAAUUUAGUAUUGUGAAGGUGAGAUGGUCUGUUGAAAGCUGUGGUGUGGACAUGUUAUUCUCACACUCGUGAAACUUAUAUCCUUUGCAUUAAAUGUAAUGAAGGGCAGCUUUUGUUUUCUUUAGAUAGUUCUAUGUAAAACUUAUAUAGAUUGUUUUUUUAAUCUUGGUACACUUUUUAAAUUACUGUAUUCUGCAUUACUUAGUGACAGUAAAUUUUCAGAUAAGCUUUCCAGCAUUAAUUUUAGAAUUUAAUAGGUGUUUAUAUUUUAUGUUAUACAUACAUUUCUUUAAAGAAAUCUCAUUUUAUUUUACAUUCUGAAAAUUCUCAUUUUUUAAAAUUAUAAGUAUUGUGUUACCUGAUUACUUUUAAGAAAUACUGUAAUGAUUGAUUUUUGUGCCAAGUAUAAAAUCUUGUAAUUUCAGAUAUAUCACAAAAUAUUUUAAGAGGAUAGCUCAGGAGCUAAUAGAUUGCAUCAUAGUGCUUAGCAUAUAUUUUAAGAAAUAUUUAGUGAUCUUAAGAUUUUGAGGUACUUUACAAUGAUGUUGAACCUACAUGGUAUUUUGUCCUCUUGGUUUACCUCAGAAUGGCCACUAUUUAUGUUUAACAUAUUUCUUAUUACUAGCUGAUAAGCUUCAGUGUCCAUUGUAUUGAUCAGUAUUUUGUGCUUAGUCUGGAAUGAUGAAAGAAGAUUACCUUAAUAAGAACAUUAUUGCCAUUGUGGACUAGAUUAUUGUGGACACAGAUAUAGAAUAUUAAUGCAGCACCACUGGCUUCACAUUUAAUCUGUUACUCCCUCAUAUUUUAUACAGGUUCGUCAUGAAGACAGUUUCCUUUAUCACUUUUAGAGACUGGAAUAGGGACUUGUCAGUCUUCAAAACUAAAUUUUACUAUGUCAAAAUUAUACUUUCUACUGUUAAUUUUACUUUUAUGUUUGGCCAUGAGUAGUGUUGCGUGUCUUGAUUUUCUGUGGAAGGUACAAUACUCAGUAGUUUAUUUGAUAUUCUGUAAGAAAUCUAAGUAGAAUCAAAGCAGAUUACACAAAUUGAUUGAGAAAAGUUCACCUACUUGUCAAAGGUAAUUAAUUUGUAUUAACUGAUAUUGCUGUUCAUUACUGUAUUUAUGUACUUCUCUAUCCCAAGUGAACUGUUUUAUGUAAAUCAUGUUUCUUGAAUGCUUUGGGUAUUCCUUCCAUUUCCACAUAUCAAGACUGAGACUAGUAAAGAACUUUAUCCAGUGCAGAUUUUCUCUCACACUUGAGGCAGCAGAUUAGUAACACAAGCAUUCUCGUUAAGGAAGAAACCGAGAUGGCAUUUUGUGGUAAUCAUUUUAUUGGCUUGAUAUAUAAAAACGGAGGCCUUACUUGCUAACAUGAAAAUUUCUAUUCAGUGAACGAUAUUACUCAGGUCCAGGCCAAUGCGUACAGGCAGUCCCCCGGUUAUCGGUGGACUGUGUUAUCGGUGAUGGCGCCAAAACGGGACGAGUUCCGAUUAUUGGCGCCAUAAGGUUGCUUAUGGCGCUGAUAACCGGUUAUGGGCGCCAUACAGUGUUUCCCCCCGUAUUUGCAGGGGAUGCAUACCAGACCCCCCCGUGAAUAGUUAGAACCCAUGAAUGUUUGGAACCCCUAUAAAAACGCUAAAAACAGCCUAAUUUGUUAGUUAAAACUCAAGAAAAAUCCACUAAAAAUGUUCAUACUUGGUUUUUUUUAAUAGUUUUAUCACAAAAAGUGCAUUUAAUGAUGAAAUUGAUAAAAAAACAUGAAUUUGUGGAUAUUUCUCAUAGAAAAAUACCGCGAAUGUGCAAAUUUUUCUUGAAUAAUACGGGGAAACGUUCCUUAGAGAAAUCCGCGAAUCCGGAGAACGCAAAUACAGGGGGGUUCACUGUAAAUCACCAAGUUUCAGUUAAUGGCGGUUUUCGCUUAUUGGCACACCCCCCGGGUACGCAACCCCUGCUACAACCGGGAACUGCCUGUAUUAUACUAUUGACAUUUCAAGAAACUACUUUAUGUAAACUUGAUAUCGUAGUUGGAAAAUAAGAUCUUCAAUAGUAUUAUGUACCCAUCACAGACUGCUAAAAAUGACUUAGGCAAAAGUAUACCUUGACUAUAUUCACUGAAUUGCUAGCAGUUCAAACUAUGAUGAUAUGAAUGACUUAAGCAUAUGUUUACAAAGCACAAACAGUUUUUUACAGUUUCCUAUGCUCUGAUACCUUUUUUUUUUUUUUUUUUUUUUUUUUUUUUUUUUUU